AUGGCGACCAAGGAGCUAUCGAUAAAGCUGCUGAUCAACAAGAAGACAGGCAAACUGUGCUUCGCCGAGGCCGGCAGCGACGUUGUGAAGUUCCUGACGGCCCUCCUCUCCCUCCCGCUGGGCACCAUCACCAGCCUGCUCGCCAAGGAGGGCAUGGUCGGCAGCGUGGGGACACUGCUCGGCAGCGCGGAGACAUUGGGCGCCAAGUACAAUACCGAAGAGCUACAACUGAUCCCGGCCGCCGCCCCGGCCACGGUCUCCAGCCUGCAGCAGCUGCUGGGCGUCAAGCUCAACGGCAGUGGAACACUUUACACGUGCCUAGGUAAGGCUGCUGCCACCAAAUGUGGACAGCUCUCGGCGCUCUAUUGCAGUCUCUGCCCCAGUUGCCGCAGCUAUAGGCGGAAGGCCAUGACCCUCGCCGUCGACGAAACAAACCAACCCGUGGUGUCCGCGCCCACGUACACCGUGAAAGACGACCUCUCGGUGACGCCGGCGUCCUUGUCGAUGAUCACGCUGCUCGCCCAGUGCGGCGUCAAGGACCUCAGCGUGCUGCAGGAGAAGAUCGUCAAGAUCGGCAACGAUGAGGCGCUGGGCAUACUCGCUGCUGCCUUCAAAUCCAAAACCGUCCUGACGGAUGUCUUUAUGCCGAAGAAGAGUGCUCGCGGCAAGAGGGGAGCUCCAGAGGAAGCGGGGCCGAAGAAGAAUGGUCGAUGCAAGACUGAAUCUGCUGAAGAAGUCAUUGAGAUUUGA